AUGAGCCCGAUAACCUUGCAACCGUUCACGGGAGCCGAACUCAACAAGUACGGGUUCGAAAAGUUAUGGGCGCAGGUCCUCGCGGCGGCAGAGAAGAACAACAACGCGAGCCACCUCCCGGCCGCGAACGGUGAGGUGGGACUGAGCGAGCCAGAAAGGGAGGAAAUAUCGCGCGUUCGUGAGGAGACGGCGGCGCUGUUGAAGCAGAAACUCGACGAGAGGGAGGCAAGGCUCCGCGAAGUCGAGAGGGAGAUGGAAGAGAAGGAGAAGAUCCGCGAAGUGGAGCGCAAAGUGUUCAGGAAGAAACUAGGCGGUGGGAAGGAGGUGUGA